CCCGCCCCAUUCUCCCACUUUCCAUCACCCCGCCCCAUUCUCCCGCUUUCCAUCACCCCGCCCCAUUCUCCCGCUUUCCAUCACCCCGCCCCAUUCUCCCUCUUUCCAUCACCCUGCCCCCUUCUCCCUCCUUACAUCACCCCGCCCCAUUCUCCCUCCUUCCAUCACCCCGCCCCAUUCUCCCGCUUUCCAUCACCCCGCCCCCUUCUCCCUCCUUCCAUCACCCUGCCCCAUUCUCCCUCCUUCCAUCACCCCGCCCCAUUCUCCCGCUUUCUAUCAUCCCACCCCAUUCUCCCGCUUUCCAUCACCCCGCCCCAUUUUCCCGCUUUCCAUCACCCUGCCCCAAUCUCCCGCUUUCCAUCACCCUGCCCCAAUCUUCCGCUUUCCAUCACCCCGCCCCAUUCUCCCUCCUUCCAUCACCCCGCCCCAUUCUCCCGCUUUCCAUCACCCCGCCCCAUUCUCCCGCUUUCCAUCACCCCGCCCCAUUCUCCCGCUUUCCAUCACCCCGCCCCAUUCUCCCGCUUUCCAUCAUCCCGCCCCAUUCUCCCUCCUUCCAUCACCCCGCCCAAUUCUCCCACUUUCCAUCAUCCCGCCCCAUUCUCCCUCCUUCCAUCACCCCGCCCCAUUCUCCCUCCUUCCAUCACCCCGCCCCAUUCUCCCGCUUUCCAUCACCCCGCCCCAUUCUCCCGCUUCCCAUAACCCCACCCCAUUCUCCCGCUUUCCAUCACCCCGCCACAUUCUCCGGCUUUCCAUCACCCCGUCCCAUUCUCCUUCCUUCCAUCACCCCGUCCCAUUCUCCUUCCUUCCAUCACCCCUCACCAUUCUCCCUCCUUCCAUCACCCCGCCCCAUUCUCCCGCUUUCCAUCACCCCGCCCCAUUCUCCCGCUUUCCAUCACCCCGCCCCAUUCUCCCGCUUUCCAUCACCCCGCCCCAUUCUCCCGCUUUCCAUCACCCUGCCCCCUUCUCCCUCCUUACAUCACCCCGCCCCAUUCUCCCUCCUUCCAUCACCCCGCCCCAUUCUCCCGCUUUCCAUCACCCCGCCCCCUUCUCCCUCCUUCCAUCACCCUGCCCCAUUCUCCCUCCUUCCAUCACCCCGCCCCAUUCUCCCGCUUUCCAUCAUCCCACCCCAUUCUCCCGUUUUCCAUCACCCCGCCCCAUUUUCCCGCUUUCCAUCACCCUGCCCCAAUCUCCCGCUUUCCAUCACCCUGCCCCAAUCUUCCGCUUUCCAUCACCCCGCCCCAUUCUCCCUCCUUCCAUCACCCCGCCCCAUUCUCCCACUUUCCAUCACCCCGCCCCAUUCUCCCGCUUUCCAUCACCCCGCCCCAUUCUCCCGCUUUCCAUCACCCCGCCCCAUUCUCCCGCUUUCCAUCAUCCCGCCCCAUUCUCCCUCCUUCCAUCACCCCGCCCAAUUCUCCCGCUUUCCAUCAUCCCGCCCCAUUCUCCCUCCUUCCAUCACCCCGCCCCAUUCUCCCUCCUUCCAUCACCCCGCCCCAUUCUCCCGCUUUCCAUCACCCCGCCCCAUUCUCCCGCUUCCCAUAACCCCACCCCAUUCUCCCGCUUUCCAUCACCCCGCCACAUUCUCCGGCUUUCCAUCACCCCCCCGCCCCAUUCUCCCGCUUUCCAUCAACCCGCCCCUUUCUCCCGCUUUCCAUCUCCCCGCCCCAUUCUCCCGCUUUCCAUCACCCAGCCCCAUUCUCCCGCUUUCCAUCACCCCGCCCCAUUUUCCCGCUUUCCAUCACCCUGCCCCAAUCUCCCGCUUUCCAUCACCCUGCCCCAAUCUUCCGCUUUCCAUCACCCCGCCCCAUUCUCCCUCCUUCCAUCACCCCGCCCCAUUCUCCCGCUUUCCAUCACCCCGCCCCAUUCUCCCGCUUUCCAUCACCCCGCCCCAUUCUCCCGCUUUCCAUCACCCCGCCCCAUUCUCCCGCUUUCCAUCACCCCGCCCCAUUCUCCCUCCUUCCAUCACCCCGCCCCAUUCUCCCGCUUUCCAUCAUCCCGCCACAUUCUCCCUCCUUCCAUCACCCCGCCCCAUUCUCCCUCCUUCCAUCACCCCGCCCCAUUCUCCCGCUUUCCAUCACCCCGCCCCAUUCUCCCGCUUUCCAUCACCCCGCCCCAUUCUCCCUCCUUCCAUCACCCCGCCCCAUUCUCCCGCUUUCCAUCAUCCCGCCCCAUUCUCCCUCCUUCCAUCACCCCGCCCCAUUCUCCCUCCUUCCAUCACCCCGCCCCAUUCUCCCGCUUUCCAUCACCCCGCCCCAUUCUCCCGCUUCCCAUAACCCCACCCCAUUCUCCCGCUUUCCAUCACCCCGCCACAUUCUCCGGCUUUCCAUCACCCCUUCCCAUUCUCCUUCCUUCCAUCACCCCGCCCCAUUCUCCCUCCUUCCAUCACCCCGCCCCAUUCUCCCGCUUUCCAUCAGCCCGCCCCAUUCUCCCACUUUCCAUCACCCCGCCCCAUUCUCCCGCUUUCCAUCACCCCGCCCCAUUCUCCCGCUUUCCAUCACCCCGCCCCAUUCUCCCGCUUUCCAUCACCCCGCCCCAUUCUCCUGCUUUCCAUCUCCCCGCCCCAUUCUCCCGCUUUUCAUCACCCCGCCCCAUUCUCCCGCUUUCCAUCACCCCGUCCCAUUCUCCCUCUUUCCAUCACCCCGCUCCAUUCUCCCGCUUUCCAUCACCCCGCCCUAUUCUCCCGCUUUCCAUCACCCCGCCCUAUUCUCCCGCUUUCCAUCACCCCGCCCCAUUCUCCCUCCUUCCAUCACCCCGCCCCAUUCUCCCGCUUUCCAUCACCUCGCCCCAUUCUCCCGCUUUCCAUCACCCCGCCCCGUUCGCCCGCUUUCCAUCACCCCGCCCAAUUCUCCCGCUUUCCAUCACCCCGCCCCAUUCUCCCGCUUUCCAUCACCCCACCCAAUUCUCCCGCUUUCCAUCACCCCGCCCCAUUCCCCUGCUUUCCAUCACCCCGCCCCAUUCUCCCGCUUUCCAUCACCCCGCCCCGUUCUCACGCUUUCCAUCACCCCGCCCAAUUCUCCCGCUUUCCAUCAGCCCGCCCCAUUCUCCUGCUUUCCAUCACCCCGCCCCAUUCUCCCACUUUCCAUCACCCCGCCCCAUUCUCCCUCCUUCCAUCACCCCGCCCAAUUCUCCGCUUCCCAUAACCCCAGCCCCAUCUCCCGCUUUCCAUCACCCCGCCACAUUCUCCCACUUUCCAUCACCCCGCCCCAUUCUCCCUCCUUCCAUCACCCCGCCCCAUUCUCCCUCCUUCCAUCACCCCGCCCCAUUCUCCCGCUUUCCAUCUCCCCGCCCCAUUCUCCCACUUUCCAUCACCCUGCCCCAUUCUCCCGCUUUCCAUCACCCCGCCCCAUUCUUCCGCUUCCCAUCAUCCCGCCCCAUUCCCCCGCUUUCCAUCACCCCUCCCCAUUCUCCCACUUUCCAUCACCCCGCCCCAUUCUUCUGCUUUCCAUCACCCCGCCCCAUUCUCCCGCUUUCCAUCACCCCACACCAUUCACCCGCUUUCCAUCACCCGCCCCAUCUCCCGCUUUCCAUCACCCCGCCCCAUUCUCCCGCUCUCCAUCAACCCGCCCCAUUCUCCCGCUUUUCAUCACCCCGCCCCAUUCUCCCGCUUUCCAACACCCCUCCCCAUUCUCCCGCUUUCCAUCACCCCGCCCCAUUCUCCCGCUUUCCAUCACCCCGCCCCAUUCUCCCGCUUUCCAUCACCCCGCCCCAUUCUCCGGCUUUCCAUCACCCCGGCCCAUUCUCCCUCCUUCCAUCACCCUGCCUCAUUCUCCCUCCUUCCAUCACCCCGCCCCAUGCUCCGGCUUUCCAUCACCCCGCCUCAUUCUCCCGCUUUCCAUCACCCAGCCCUAUUCUCCCGCAUUCCAUCACCCCGCCCCAUUUUCCCGCUUUCCAUCACCCCGCCCCGUUCUCCCGCUUUCCAUCACCCUUCCCCAAUCCCCCGCUUUCCAUCACCCCGCCCCAUUCUCCCUCCUUCCAUCACCCCGCCCCAUUCUCCCGCUUUCCAUCACCCCGCCCCAUUCUCCCGCUUUCCAUCGCCCCGCCCCAUUUUCCCGCUUUACAUCACCCCGCCCCAAUCUCCCGCUUUCCAUCACCCUGCCCCAAUCUUCUGCUUUCCAUCACCCCGCCCCAUUCUCCCGCUUUCCAUCACCCCGCCCCAUUCUCCCGCUUUCCAUCACCCCGCCCCAUUCUCCCGCUUUCCAUCACCCCGCCCCAUUCUCCCGCUUUCCAUCACCCCGCCCCAUUCUCCCGCUUUCCAUCACCACGCCCCAUUCUCCCGCUUUCCAUCACCCCGCCCCCUUCUCCCUCCUUCCACCACCCCGCACCAUUCUCCCUCCUUCCAUCACCCUGCCCCAUUCUCCCACUUUCCAUCAGCCCGCCCCAUUCUCCCGCUUUCCAUCAACCCGCCCCUUUCUCCCGCUUUCCAUCUCCCCGCCCCAUUCUCCCGCUUUCCAUCACCCAGCCCCAUUCUCUCGCUUUCCAUCACCCCGCCCCAUUUUCCCGCUUUCCAUCACCCUGCCCCAAUCUCCCGCUUUCCAUCACCCUGCCCCAAUCUUCCGCUUUCCAUCACCCCGCCCCAUUCUCCCUCCUUCCAUCACCCCGCCCCAUUCUUCCGCUUUCCAUCACCCCGCCCCAUUCUCCCGCUUUCCAUCACCCCGCCCCAUUCUCCCGCUUUCCAUCACCCCGCCCCAUUCUCCCGCUUUCCAUCACCCCGCCCCAUUCUCCCGCUUUCCAUCACCCCGCCCCAUUCUCCCUCCUUCCAUCACCCCGCCCCAUUCUCCCGCUUUCCAUCAUCCCGCCCCAUUCUCCCUCCUUCCAUCACCCCGCCCCAUUCUCCCUCCUUCCAUCACCCCGCCCCAUUCUCCCGCUUUCCAUCACCUCGCCCCAUUCUCCCGCUUCCCAUAACCCCACCCCAUUCUCCCGCUUUCCAUCACCCCGCCACAUUCUCCGGCUUUCCAUCACCCCGUCCCAUUCUCCUUCCUUCCAUCACCCCGCCCCAUUCUCCCUCCUUCCAUCAGCCCGCCCCAUUCUCCCGCUUUCCAUCAGCCCGCCCCAUUCUCCCACUUUCCAUCACCCCGCCCCAUUCUCCCGCUUUCCAUCACCCCGCCCCAUUCUCCUGCUUUCCAUCACCCCGCCCCAUUCUCCCGCUUUCCAUCACCCUGCCCCAUUCUCCCGCUUUCCAUCACCCCGCCCCAUUCUCCCUCCUUCCAUCACCCCGCCCCAUUCUCCCUCCUUCCAUCACCCCGCCCCAUUCUCCCGCUUUCCAUCAUCCCGCCCCAUUCUCCCUCCUUCCAUCACCCCGCCCCAUUCUCCCUUCUUCCAUCACCGCGCCCCAUUCCCGCCCCAUUCUCCCACUUUCCAUCACCCCGCCCCAUUCUCCCGCUUUCCAUCACCCCGCCCCAUUCUCCCGCUUUCCAUCACCCCGCCCCAUUCUCCCUCUUUCCAUCACCCUGCCCCCUUCUCCCUCCUUACAUCACCCCGCCCCAUUCUCCCUCCUUCCAUCACCCCGCCCCAUUCUCCCGCUUUCCAUCACCCCGCCCCCUUCUCCCUCCUUCCAUCACCCUGCCCCAUUCUCCCUCCUUCCAUCACCCCGCCCCAUUCUCCCGCUUUCCAUCAUCCCACCCCAUUCUCCCGCUUUCCAUCACCCCGCCCCAUUUUCCCGCUUUCCAUCACCCUGCCCCAAUCUCCCGCUUUCCAUCACCCUGCCCCAAUCUUCCGCUUUCCAUCACCCCGCCCCAUUCUCCCUCCUUCCAUCACCCCGCCCCAUUCUCCCGCUUUCCAUCACCCCGCCCCAUUCUCCCGCUUUCCAUCACCCCGCCCCAUUCUCCCGCUUUCCAUCACCCCGCCCCAUUCUCCCGCUUUCCAUCAUCCCGCCCCAUUCUCCCUCCUUCCAUCACCCCGCCCAAUUCUCCCACUUUCCAUCAUCCCGCCCCAUUCUCCCUCCUUCCAUCACCCCGCCCCAUUCUCCCUCCUUCCAUCACCCCGCCCCAUUCUCCCGCUUUCCAUCACCCCGCCCCAUUCUCCCGCUUCCCAUAACCCCGCCCCAUUCUCCCGCUUUCCAUCACCCCGCCACAUUCUCCGGCUUUCCAUCACCCCGUCCCAUUCUCCUUCCUUCCAUCACCCCGUCCCAUUCUCCUUCCUUCCAUCACCCCGCCCCAUUCUCCCUCCUUCCAUCACCCCGCCCCAUUCUCCCGCUUUCCAUCACCCCGCCCCAUUCUCCCGCUUUCCAUCACCCCGCCCCAUUCUCCCGCUUUCCAUCACCCCGCCCCAUUCUCCCGCUUUCCAUCACCCUGCCCCCUUCUCCCUCCUUACAUCACCCCGCCCCAUUCUCCCUCCUUCCAUCACCCCGCCCCAUUCUCCCGCUUUCCAUCACCCCGCCCCCUUCUCCCUCCUUCCAUCACCCUGCCCCAUUCUCCCUCCUUCCAUCACCCCGCCCCAUUCUCCCGCUUUCCAUCAUCCCACCCCAUUCUCCCGUUUUCCAUCACCCCGCCCCAUUUUCCCGCUUUCCAUCACCCUGCCCCAAUCUCCCGCUUUCCAUCACCCUGCCCCAAUCUUCCGCUUUCCAUCACCCCGCCCCAUUCUCCCUCCUUCCAUCACCCCGCCCCAUUCUCCCACUUUCCAUCACCCCGCCCCAUUCUCCCGCUUUCCAUCACCCCGCCCCAUUCUCCCGCUUUCCAUCACCCCGCCCCAUUCUCCCGCUUUCCAUCAUCCCGCCCCAUUCUCCCUCCUUCCAUCACCCCGCCCAAUUCUCCCGCUUUCCAUCAUCCCGCCCCAUUCUCCCUCCUUCCAUCACCCCGCCCCAUUCUCCCUCCUUCCAUCACCCCGCCCCAUUCUCCCGCUUUCCAUCACCCCGCCCCAUUCUCCCGCUUUCCAUCACCCCGCCCCAUUCUCCCGCUUUCCAUCACCCUGCCCCAUUCUCCCGCUUUCCAUCACCCCGCCCCAUUCUCCCGCUUUCCAUCACCCCGCCCCCUUCUCCCUCCUUCCACCACCCUGCCCCAUUCUCCCUCCUUCCAUCACCCCGCCCCAUUUUCCCGCUUUCCAUCAGCCCGCCCCAUUCUCCCGCUUUCCAUCAACCCGCCCCUUUCUCCCGCUUUCCAUCUCCCCGCCCCAUUCUCCCGCUUUCCAUCACCCAGCCCCAUUCUCCCGCUUUCCAUCACCCCGCCCCAUUUUCCCGCUUUCCAUCACCCUGCCCCAAUCUCCCGCUUUCCAUCACCCUGCCCCAAUCUUCCGCUUUCCAUCAACCCGCCCCAUUCUCCCUCCUUCCAUCACCCCGCCCCAUUCUCCCGCUUUCCAUCACCCCGCCCCAUUCUCCCGCUUUCCAUCACCCCGCCCCAUUCUCCCGCUUUCCAUCACCCCGCCCCAUUCUCCCGCUUUCCAUCACCCCGCCCCAUUCUCCCUCCUUCCAUCACCCCGCCCCAUUCUCCCGCUUUCCAUCAUCCCGCCACAUUCUCCCUCCUUCCAUCACCCCGCCCCAUUCUCCCUCCUUCCAUCACCCCGCCCCAUUCUCCCGCUUUCCAUCACCCCGCCCCAUUCUCCCGCUUUCCAUCACCCCGCCCCAUUCUCCCUCCUUCCAUCACCCCGCCCCAUUCUCCCGCUUUCCAUCAUCCCGCCCCAUUCUCCCUCCUUCCAUCACCCCGCCCCAUUCUCCCUCCUUCCAUCACCCCGCCCCAUUCUCCCGCUUUCCAUCACCCCGCCCCAUUCUCCCGCUUCCCAUAACCCCACCCCAUUCUCCCGCUUUCCAUCACCCCGCCACAUUCUCCGGCUUUCCAUCACCCCUUCCCAUUCUCCUUCCUUCCAUCACCCCGCCCCAUUCUCCCUCCUUCCAUCACCCCGCCCCAUUCUCCCGCUUUCCAUCAGCCCGCCCCAUUCUCCCACUUUCCAUCACCCCGCCCCAUUCUCCCGCUUUCCAUCACCCCGCCCCAUUCUCCCGCUUUCCAUCACCCCGCCCCAUUCUCCCGCUUUCCAUCACCCCGCCUCAUUCUACCUCCUUCCAUCACCCCGCCCCAUUCUCCCGCUUUCCAUCACCCCGCCCCAUUCUCCCGCUUUCCAUCAGCCCGCCCCAUUCUCCCACUUUCCAUCACCCCGCCACAUUCUCCGGCUUUCCAUCACCCCUUCCCAUUCUCCUUCCUUCCAUCACCCCGCCCCAUUCUCCCUCCUUCCAUCACCCCGCCCCAUUCUCCCGCUUUCCAUCAGCCCGCCCCAUUCUCCCACUUUCCAUCACCCCGCCCCAUUCUCCCGCUUUCCAUCACCCCGCCCCAUUCUCCCGCUUUCCAUCACCCCGCCCCAUUCUCCCGCUUUCCAUCACCCCGCCCCAUUCUCCCGCUUUCCAUCACCCUGCCCCAUUCUCCCUCCUUCCAUCACCCCGCCCCAUUCUCCCGCUUUCCAUCACCCCGCCCCAUUCUCCCGCUUUCCAUCACCCCGCCCCCUUCUCCCUCCUUCCAUCACCCCGCCCCAUUCUCCCGCUUUCCAUCACCCCGCCCCAUUUUCCCGCUUUCCAUCGCUCCGCCCCAUUAUCCCUCCUUGCAUCACCCCGCCCCAUUCUCCCUCCUUCCAUAACCCCGCCCCAUUCUCCCGCUUUCCAUCAGCCCGCCCCAUUCUCCCACUUUCCAUCACCCCGCCCCAUUCUCCUGGUUUCCAUCACCCCGCCCCAUUCUCCCGCUUUCCAUCACCCCGCCCCAUUCUCCCGCUUUCCAUCACCCCGCCACCUUCUCCCUCCUUCCAUCACCCCGCCCCAUUCUCCCUCCUUCCAUCACCCCGCCCCAUUCUCCCGCUUUCCAUCAACCCGCCCCAUUCUCCCGCUUUCCAUCACCCCGCCCCCUUCUCCCUUCUUCCAUCACCCCGCCCCAUUCUCCCUCCUUCCAUCACCCCGCCCCAUUCUCCCGCUUUCCAUCAUCCCGCCCCAUUCUCCCGCUUUCCAUCACCCCGCCCCAUUUUCCCGCUUUCCAUCACCCUGCCCCAAUCUCCCGCUUUCCAUCACCCUGCCCCAAUCUUCCGCUUUCCAUCACCCCGCCCCAUUCUCCCUCCUUCCAUCACCCCGCCCCAUUCUCCCGCUUUCCAUCACCCCGCCCCAUUCUCCCGCUUUCCAUCACCCCGCCCCAUUCUCCCGCUUUCCAUCACCCCGCCCCAUUAUCCCGCUUUCCAUCACCCCGCCCCAUUCUCCCGCUUUCCAUCACCCCGCCCCAUUCUCCCGCUUUCCAUCACCCCGCCUCAUUCUACCUCCUUCCAUCACCCCGCCCCAUUCUCCCUCCUUCCAUCACCCCGCCCCAUUCUCCCGCUUUCCAUCAACCCGCCCCAUUCUCCCGCUUUCCAUCACCCCGCCCCCUUCUCCCUCCUUCCAUCACCCCGCCCCAUUCUCCCGCUUUCCAUCACCCCGCCCCCUUCUCCCGCUUUCCAUCACCUCGCCCCCUUCUCCCUCCUUCCACCACCCCGCCCCAUUCUCCCUCCUUCCAUCACCCCGCCCCAUUUUCCCGCUUUCAAUCAGCCCGCCCCAUUCUCCCGCUUUCCAUCAACCCGCCCCUUUCUCCCGCUUUCCAUCUUCCCGCCCCAUUCUCCCUCCUUCCAUCACCCUGCCCCAUUCUCUCGCUUUCCAUCACCCCGCCCCAUUCUCCCGCUUUCCAUCACCCCGCCCCAUUUUCCCGCUUUCCAUCACUCCGCCCCAUUAUCCCUCCUUGAAUCACCCCGCCCCAUUCUCCCUCCUUCCAUAACCCCGCCCCAUUCUCCCGCUUUCCAUCAGCCCGCCCCAUUCUCCCACUUUCCAUCACCCCGCCGCAUUCUCCUGGUUUCCAUCACCCCGCCCCAUUCUCCCGCUUUCCAUCACCCCGCCCCAUUCUCCCGCUUUCCAUCACCCCGCCACCUUCUCCCUCCUUCCAUCACCCCGCCCCAUUCUCCCUCCUUCCAUCACCCCGCCCCAUUCUCCCGCUUUCCAUCAACCCGCCCCAUUCUCCCGCUUUCCAUCACCCCGCCCCCUUCUCCCUCCUUCCAUCACCCCGCCCCAUUCUCCCUCCUUCCAUCACCCCGCCCCAUUCUCCCGCUUUCCAUCAUCCCGCCCCAUUCUCCCGCUUUCCAUCACCCCGCCCCAUUUUCCCGCUUUCCAUCACCCUGCCCCAAUCUCCCGCUUUCCAUCACCCUGCCCCAAUCUUCCGCUUUCCAUCACCCCGCCCCAUUCUCCCUCCUUCCAUCACCCCGCCCCAUUCUCUCGCUUUCCAUCACCCCGCCCCAUUCUCCCGCUUUCCAUCACCCGCCCCAUUCUCCCGCUUUCCAUCACCCCGCCCCAUUCUCCCGCUUUCCAUCACCCCGCCCCAUUCUCCCGCUUUCCAUCACCCCGCCACCUUCUCCCUCCUUCCAUCACCCCGCCCCAUUCUCCCUCCUUCCAUCACCCCGCCCCAUUCUCCCGCUUUCCAUCAACCCGCCCCAUUCUCCCGCUUUCCAUCACCCCGCCCCCUUCUCCCUCCUUCCAUCACCCCGCCCCAUUCUCCCUCCUUCCAUCACCCCGCCCCAUUCUCCCGCUUUCCAUCAUCCCGCCCCAUUCUCCCGCUUUCCAUCACCCCGCCCCAUUUUCCCGCUUUCCAUCACCCUGCCCCAAUCUCCCGCUUUCCAUCACCCUGCCCCAAUCUUCCGCUUUCCAUCACCCCGCCCCAUUCUCCCUCCUUCCAUCACCCCGCCCCAUUCUCCCGCUUUCCAUCACCCCGCCCCAUUCUCCCGCUUUCCAUCACCCCGCCCCAUUCUCCCGCUUUCCAUCACCCCGCCCCAUUAUCCCGCUUUCCAUCACCCCGCCCCAUUCUCCCGCUUUCCAUCACCCCGCCCCAUUCUCCCGCUUUCCAUCACCCCGCCUCAUUCUACCUCCUUCCAUCACCCCGCCCCAUUCUCCCUCCUUCCAUCACCCCGCCCCAUUCUCCCGCUUUCCAUCAACCCGCCCCAUUCUCCCGCUUUCCAUCACCCCGCCCCCUUCUCCCUCCUUCCAUCACCCCGCCCCAUUCUCCCGCUUUCCAUCACCCCGCCCCCUUCUCCCGCUUUCCAUCACCUCGCCCCCUUCUCCCUCCUUCCACCACCCCGCCCCAUUCUCCCUCCUUCCAUCACCCCGCCCCAUUUUCCCGCUUUCAAUCAGCCCGCCCCAUUCUCCCGCUUUCCAUCAACCCGCCCCUUUCUCCCGCUUUCCAUCUUCCCGCCCCAUUCUCCCUCCUUCCAUCACCCUGCCCCAUUCUCUCGCUUUCCAUCACCCCGCCCCAUUCUCCCGCUUUCCAUCACCCCGCCCCAUUUUCCCGCUUUCCAUCACUCCGCCCCAUUAUCCCUCCUUGAAUCACCCCGCCCCAUUCUCCCUCCUUCCAUAACCCCGCCCCAUUCUCCCGCUUUCCAUCAGCCCGCCCCAUUCUCCCACUUUCCAUCACCCCGCCGCAUUCUCCUGGUUUCCAUCACCCCGCCCCAUUCUCCCGCUUUCCAUCACCCCGCCCCAUUCUCCCGCUUUCCAUCACCCCGCCACCUUCUCCCUCCUUCCAUCACCCCGCCCCAUUCUCCCUCCUUCCAUCACCCCGCCCCAUUCUCCCGCUUUCCAUCAACCCGCCCCAUUCUCCCGCUUUCCAUCACCCCGCCCCCUUCUCCCUCCUUCCAUCACCCCGCCCCAUUCUCCCUCCUUCCAUCACCCCGCCCCAUUCUCCCGCUUUCCAUCAUCCCGCCCCAUUCUCCCGCUUUCCAUCACCCCGCCCCAUUUUCCCGCUUUCCAUCACCCUGCCCCAAUCUCCCGCUUUCCAUCACCCUGCCCCAAUCUUCCGCUUUCCAUCACCCCGCCCCAUUCUCCCUCCUUCCAUCACCCCGCCCCAUUCUCUCGCUUUCCAUCACCCCGCCCCAUUCUCCCGCUUUCCAUCACCCGCCCCAUUCUCCCGCUUUCCAUCACCCCGCCCCAUUCUCCCGCUUUCCAUCACCCCGCCCCAUUCUCCCUCCUUCCAUCACCCCGCCCCAUUCUCCCGCUUUCCAUCAUCCCGCCCCAUUCUCCCUCCUUCCAUCACCCCGCCCCAUUCUCCCACCUUCCAUCACCCCGUCCCAUUCUCCCGCUUUCCAUCACUCCGCCCCAUUCUCCCUCCUUCCAUCAACCCGCCCCAUUCUCCCUCCUUCCAUCACCCCGCCCCAUUCUCCUGCUUUCCAUCACCCCGCCCUAUUCUCCCGCUUCCCAAAACCCCACCCCAUUCUCCCCGCUUUCCAUCACCCCGCCACAUUCUCCCGCUUUCUAUCACCCCGCCCCAUUCUCCCUCCUUCCAUCACCCCGCCCCAUUCUCCCGCUUUCCAUCACCCCGCCCCAUUCUCCCGAUUUCCAUCACCCCGCCCCAUUCUCCCGCUUUCCAUCACCCCGCCCCAUUCUCCCGCUUUCCAUCACCCCGCCCCAUUCUCCCUCUUUCCAUCAUCCCGCCCCAUUCUCCCUCCUUCCAUCACCCCGCCCCAUUCUUCCGCUUCCCAUCAUCCCGCCCCAUUCCCCCGCUUUCCAUCACCCCUCCCCAUUCUCCCUCCUUCCAUCACCCUGCCCCAUUCUCUCGCUUUCCAUCACCCCGCCCCAUUCUCCCGCUUUCCAUCACCCUGCCCCAUUUUCCCGCUUUCCAUCACUCCGCCCCAUUAUCCCUCCUUGCAUCACCCCGCCCCAUUCUCCCUCCUUCCAUCACCCCGCCCCAUUCUCCUGCUUUCCAUCACCCCGCCUCAUUCUCCCGCUUCCCAUAACCCCACCCCAUUCUCCCGCUUUCCAUCACCCCGCCACAUUCUCCCACUUUCCAUCACCCCGCCCCCUUCUCUCUCCUUCGAUCACCCCGCCCCAUUCUCCCUCAUUCCAUCACCCCGCCCCAUUCUCCUGCUUUCCAUCAGCCCGCCCCAUUAUCCCGCUUUCCAUCACCCCUCCCCUUUUUCCCGCUUUCCAUCUCCCCGCCCCAUUCUCCCGCUUUCCAUCACCCCGCCCCAUUCUCCCGCUUUCCAUCACCCCGCCCCAUUCUUCCGCUUCCCAUCAUCUCGCCCCAUUCCCCCGCUUUCCAUCACCCCUCCCCAUUCUCCCUCCUUCAAUCACCCCGCCCCAUUCUCUCGCUUUCCAUCACCCCGCCCCAUUCUCCCGCUUUCCAUCACGCCGCCCCAUUCUCCCGCUUUCCAUCACCCCGCCCCAUUCUCCCUCCUUCCAUCACCCCGCCCCAUUCUCCCGCUUUCCAUCACCCCGCCCCAUUCUCUCUCCUUCCAUCACCCCGCCCCAUUCUCCCUCAUUCCAUCACCCCGCCCCAUUCUCCCGCUUUCCAUCACCCAGCCCCAUUCUCCCGCUUCCCAUAACCCCACCCCAUUCUCCUGCUUUCCAUCACCCCGCCACAUUUUCCCACUUUCCAUCACCCCGCCCCCUUCUCUCUCCUUCCAUCACCCCGCCCCAUUCUCCCUCCUUCCAUCACCCCGCCCCAUUCUCCCGCUUUCCAUCAGCCCGCCCCAUUCUCCCGCUUUCCAUCAUCCCGCCCCUUUCUCCCGCUUUCCAUCUCCCCGCCCCAUUCUCCCGCUUUCCAUCACCCCGCCCCAUUCUCCCGCUUUCCAUCACCCCGCCCCAUUCUUCCGUUUCCCAUCAUCCCGCCCCAUUCCACCGCUUUACAUCACCCCUCCCCAUUCUCCCUCCUUCCAUCACCCCGCCCCAUUCUUCCGCUUUCCAUCACCCGCCCCAUUCUCCCGCUUUCCAUCACCUCGCCCCAUUCUCCCGCUUUCCAUAACCCGGCCCCAUUCUUCUGCUUUCCAUCACCCCGCCCCAUUCUCCCGCUUUCCAUCACCCCGCCCCAUUCUCCCUCCUUCCAUCACCCUGCCCCAUUCUCCCUCCUUCCAUCACCCCGCCCCAUUCUCCCGCUUUCCAUCACCCCGCCACAUUCUCCCGCUUUCUAUCACCCCGCCCCAUUCUCCCUCCUUCUAUCACCCCGCCCCAUUCUCCCGAUUUCCAUCACCCCGCCCCAUUCUCCCGCUUUCCAUCAUCCCGCCCCAUUCUCCCUCCUUCCAUCACCCCGCCCCAUUCUCCCGCUUUCCAUCACUCCGCCCCAUUCUCCCUCCUUCCAUCACCCCGCCCCAUUCUCCCUCCUUCCAUCACCCCGCCCCAUUCUCCCGCUUUCCAUCACCCCGCCCCAAUCUCCUGCUUCCCAUAACCCCACCCCAUUCUCCCGCUUUCCAUCUCCCCGCCCCAUUCUCCCGCUUUCCAUCACCCCGCCCCAUUCUCCCGCUUUCCAUCAACCCGCCCCAUUCUUCCGCUUCCCAUCGUCCCGCCCCAUUCCCCCGCUUUCCAUCACCCCUCCCCAUUCUCCCUCCUUCCAUCACCCUGCCCCAUUCUCUCGCUUUCCAUCACCCCGCCCCAUUCUCCCGCUUUCCAUCACGCCGCCCCAUUCUCCCGCUUUCCAUCAGCCCGCCCCAUUCUCCCGCUUUCCAUCACCCCGCCCCAUUCUCCCGCUUUCCAUCACCCCGCCCCAUUCUCCCGCUUUCCAUCACCCCGCCCCAUUCUCCCGCUUUCCAUCACCCCGCCCCAUUCUUCCGCUUCCCAUCAUCCUGCCCCAUUCCACCGCUUUCCAUCACCCCUCCCCAUUCUCCCUCCUUCCAUCACCCCGCCCCAUUCUCCCGCUUUCCAUCACCCCGCCCCAUUCUCCCUCCUUCCAUCACCCCGCCCCAUUCUCCCUCCUUCCAUCAUCCCGCCCCAUUCUCCCGCUUUCCAUCACCCCGCCCCAUUCUCCCGCUUCCCAUAACCCCACCCCAUUCUCCCGCUUUCCAUCACCCCGCCACAUUCUCCCGCUUUCUAUCACCCCGCCCCAUUCUCCCUCCUUCCAUCACCCCGCCCCAUUCUCCCGCUUUCCAUCACCCCGCCCCAUUCUCCCGCUUUCCAUCAUCCCGCCCCAUUCUCCCUCCUUCCAUCACCCCGCCCCAUUCUUCCGCUUCCCAUCAUCCCGCCCCAUUCCCCCGCUUUCCAUCACCCCUCCCCAUUCUCCCUCCUUCCAUCACCCCGCCCCAUUCUCUCGCUUUCCAUCACCCCGCCCCAUUCUCCCGCUUUCCAUCACCCCGCCCCAUUCUCUCGCUUUCCAUCACUCCGCCCCAUUAUCCCUCCUUCCAUCACCCCGCCCCAUUCUCCCUACUUCCAUCACCCCGCCCCAUUCUCCCGCUUUCCAUCACCCCGCCUCAUUCUUCCGCUUCCCAUAACCCCACCCCAUUCUCCCGCUUUCCAUCACCCCGCCACAUUCUCCCACUUUCUAUCACCCUGCCCCCUUCUCUCUCCUUCCAUCACCCCGCCCCAUUCUCCCUCCUUCCAUCACCCUGCCCCAUUCUCCCGCUUUCCAUCAGCCCGCCCCAUUCUCCCGCUUUCCAUCACCCCUCCCCUUUCUCCCACUUUCCAUCUCCCCGCCCCACUCUCCCGUUUUCCAUCACCCCGCCCCAUUCUCCUGCUUUCCAUCACCCCGCCCCAUUCUUCCGCUUCCCAUCAUCCCGCCCCAUUCCCCCGCUUUCCAUCACCCUCCCCAUUCUCCCUCCUUCCAUCACCCCGCCCCAUUCUCUCGCUUUCCAUCACCCCGCCCCAUUCUCCCGCUUUCCAUCACCCCGACCCAUUCUCCCGCUUUCCAUCACCCCGCCCCAUUCUCCCUCCUUCCAUCACCCCGCCCCAUUCUCCCACUUUCCAUCACCCCGCCCCAUUCUCCCUCCUUCCAUCACCCCGCCCCAUUCUCCCUCAUUCCAUCACCCUGCUCCAUUCUCCCGCUUUCCAUCACCCCGCUCCAUUCUCCCGCUUCCCAUAACCCCACCCCAUUCUCCCGCUUUCCAUCACCCCGCCACAUUUUCCCACUUUCCAUCACCCCGCCCCCUUCUCUCUCCUUCCAUCACCCCACCCCAUUCUCCCUCCUCCUGUCAACCCGCCCCAUUCUCCCGCUUUCCAUCAGCCCGCCCCAUUCUCCCGCUUUCCAUCACCCCGCCCCUUUCUCCCGCUUUCCAUCUCCCUGCCCCAUUCUCCCGCUUUCCAUCACCCAGCCCCAUUCUCCCGCUUUCCAUCACCCCGCCCCAUUUUCCCGCUUUCCAUCACCCCGCCCAAAAUAUCGCUUUCCAUCACCCUGCCCCAAUCUCCCGCUUUCCAUCACCCCACCCGAUUCUCCCUCCUUCCAUCACCCCGCCCCAUUCUCCCACUUUCCAUCACCCCGCCCCAUUCUCCCCCUUUCCAUCACCCAGCCUCAUUCUCCCGCUUUCCAUCACCCCGCCCCAUUUUCACGCUUUCCAUCACCCCGCCCCAUUCUCCCGCUUUCCAUCACCCCGCCCUAUUCUCCCUCCUUCCAUCACCCCGCCCCAUUCUCCCGCUUUCCAUCACCCCCCUCUUUCUCCCUCUUUCCAUUACCCCGCCCCAUUCUCCCGCUUUCCAUCACCCCGCCCCAUUCUCCCGCUUUCCAUCACCCCGCCCCAUUCUCCCUCCUUCCAUCUCCCCGCCCCAUUCUCCCGCUUUCCAUCACCCCGUCCCAUUCUCCCUCCUUCCAUCACCCCGCCCCAUUCUCCCUCCUUCCAUCACCCCGCCCCAUUCUCCCUCAUUCCAUCACCCUGCCCCAUUCUCCCGCUUUCCAUCACCCCGCCCCAUUCUCCCGCUUCCCAUAACCCCACCCCCUUCUCCCGCUUUCCAUCACCCCGCCACAUUCUCCCGCUUUCUAUCACCCCGCCCUAUUCUCCCUCCUUCCAUCACCCCGCCCCAUUCUCCCGCUUUCCAUCACCCCGCCCCAUUCUCCCGCUUUCCAUCAUCCCGCCCCAUUCUCCCUCCUUCCAUCACCCCGCCCCAUUCUCCCGCUUUCCAUCACUCCGCCCCAUUCUCCCUCCUCCCAUCACCCCGCCCCAUUCUCCCCCCUUCCAUCACCCCGCCCCAUUCUCCCGCUUUUCAUCACCCCGCCCCAUUCUCCCGCUUCCCAUAACCCCACCGUAUUCUCCCGCUUUCCAUCACCCCGCCACAUUCUCCCACUUUCCAUCACCCCGCCCCCUUCUCUCUCCUUCCAUCACCCCGCCCCAUUCUCCCUCCUUCCAUCACCCCGCCCCAUUCUCCCGCUUUCCAUCACCCCGCCCCAUUCUCCCUCCUUCCAUCACCCCGCCCCAUUCUCUCGCUUUCCAUCACCCCGCCCCAUUCUCCCGCUUUCCAUCACCCCGCCCCAUUCUCCCGCUUUCCAUCAUCCCGCCCCAUUCUCCCUCCUUCCAUCACCCCGCCCCAUUCUCCCGCUUUCCAUCACUCCGCCCCAUUCUCCCUCCUUCCAUCACCCCGCCCCAUUCUCCCUCAUUCCAUCACCCUGCCCCAUUCUCCCGCUUUCCAUCACCCCGCCCCAUUCUCCCGCUUCCCAUAACCCCACCCCAUUCUCCCGCUUUCCAUCAGCCCGCCCCGUUCUCCCGCUUUCCAUCACCCCUCCCAUUUCUCCCACUUUCCAUCUCCCCGCCCCAUUCUCCCGCUUUCCAUCACCCCGCCCCCCCAUUCUUCCUCCUUCCAUCACCCCGCCCCAUUCUCCGGCUUUCCAUCACCCCGCCCCAUUCUCCCUCCUUCCAUCACCCCGCCCCAUUCUCCCUCAUUCCAUCACCCCGCCCCAUUCUCCCGCUUUCCAUCACCCCGCCCCAUUCUCCCGCUUCCCAUAACCCCACCCCAUUCUCCCGCUUUCCAUCACCCCGCCAAAUUUUCCCAGUUUCCGUCACCCCGCCCCCUUCUCUCUCCUUCCAUCACCCCGCCCCAUUCUCCCUCCUUCCAUCACCCCGCCCCAUUCUCCUGCUUUCCAUCAGCCCGCCCCAUUCUCCCGCUUUCCAUCACCCCGCCCCAUUCUCCCUCCUUCCAUCACCCCGCCCCAUUCUCCCGCUGUCCAUCACCCCGCCCCAUUCUCCCGCUUCUCAUAACCCCACUCCAUUCUCCCGCUUUCCAUCACCCCGCCACAUUCUCCCGCUUUCUAUCACCGCGCCCCAUUCUCCCUCCUUCCAUCACCCCGCCCCAUUCUCCUGCUUUCCAUCACCCCGCCCCAUUCUCCCGAUUUCCAUCACCCCGCCCCAUUCUCCCGCUUUCCAUCACCCCGCCCUAUUCUCCCGCUUUCCAUCACCCCGCCCCAUUCUCCCGCUUUCCAUCAUCCCGCCCCAUUCUCCCUCCUUCAAUCACCCCACCCCAUUCUUCCGCUUCCCAUCAUUACGCCCCAUUCCUCCACUUUCCAUCACCCCUCCCCAUUCUCCCUCCUUCCAUCACCCCGCCCCAUUCUCUCGCUUUCCAUCACCCCGCCCCCAUUCUCCGGCUUUCCAUCACCCCACCCCAUUCUCCCGCUUUCCAUCACUCCGCCCCGUUAUCCCUCCUUCCAUCACCCUGCCCCAUUCUCACUCCUUCCAUCACCCCGCCCCAUUCUCCCGCUGUCCAUCACCCCGCCUCAUUCUCCCGCUUUUCAUAACCCCACCCCAUUCUCCCACUUUCCAUCAUCCUGCCACAUUCUCCCACUUUCUAUCACCCCGCCCCCUUCUCUCUCCUUCUAUCACCCCGCCCCGUUCUCCCUCCUUCCAUCACCCUGCCCCAUUCUCCCGCUUUCCAUCAGCCCGCCCCAUUCUCCCGCUUUCCAUCACCCCUCCUCUUUCUCCCGCUUUCCAUCUCCCCGCCCCAUUCUCCCGCUUUCCAUCACCCCGCCCCAUUCUCCUGCUUUCGAUCACCCCGCCCCAUUCUUCCGCUUCCCAUCAUCCCGCCCCAUUCUCCCGCUUUUCCAUCACCCCUCCCCAUUCUUAA